UUUACUGACCUGGCUAACCGAGAGGGGGGGGGAAUCCAAGUUCUGACCAAUCAUGGCGCUUCUAAGUAAAACCCCGCCUUUCGUACUCGCUUAGGUUAAUUUAUCGAACGCACUUCCGGACUCUUACCAGACAAAAGGGGGCGCAUAAGGUCGUGUGUGCUACGUCAAAUAAUAAACAAACAUCCAUUCAAAACGUUUGACACUUGCGCUCAAAGAAAUAACUUCCUGGGCAUUUCCCACGUGCAACCUUCGUCCCACGGCAUCACAUUUAAUCAGCAUUGCUGCUUUCACCUCCCGCAGUUCCAGCUCCACCUUAAACUAACCGAUCUCAGCUUUUAUGCAGUUUUUUUGUUGCAUUGACGUCAACGGCAUACAGCACGAAACAGAGGCUUUCUCCAUAUUUCGGAUGCUUGAGUCAGAAUAUGGACAGAUAGCCAGACACUGGUACCAGUUUUAAACCAAUCUGAUUGCGACAGUUGCAUGUUGAUUUAUCUCCCAUCACGUUGAGGAGGACUGCGUCCAAGGAUUACCGCAACACAAUCACCGGAUGCAUACUAUAACAGACGCAAUGGGGACAAAGAUAGCUCAGGACACCUGUCAUAACACCUGCCUCUCAGCAGAUCUGAACUCCUCGCAGUUGCCCAGAGUGCGGCCCAGGCAAGAGCCCGUGACCGCCACAUCAGGCACCAUGAUGGAGGGGGGAAUGCAGCUGCUUAACCGAGAUGGCCACAGCAUCUCGCACAACUCGAAGCGCCACUACCACGACUCCUUUGUGUCCAUGAACAGGAUGCGACAGCGCGGCCUGCUGUGUGACAUUGUGCUCCAUGUCUCCAACAAAGAAAUCAAGGCGCACAAAGUGGUGCUGGCAUCCUGCAGCCCCUACUUCCACGCUAUGUUUACAACUCUUGUUCUGUGUGACAAUGCAGAUGAGAUGUCGGAGAGUCGGCAGACCCAUGUCACCCUUCAUGACAUCGACUGUCAGGCUUUGGAGCAGCUGGUCCAGUAUGCCUACACAGCAGAGAUUGUGGUCGGGGAAGGCAAUGUGCAGACAUUGCUCCCAGCAGCCAGUCUGCUGCAGCUCAACGGGGUGCGGGACGCCUGUUGCAAGUUCCUCCUCAGCCAGCUGGACCCCUCCAACUGCCUGGGCAUCCGAGGCUUCGCUGAUACACACUCCUGCAGCGACCUGCUCAAGUCAGCCCACAAGUAUGUCCUGCAGCACUUUGUGGAGGUGUCCAAGACAGAGGAGUUCAUGUUGCUGCCACUGAAACAAGUCCUGGAUUUGAUCUCCAGUGACAAUCUCAACGUGCCAUCUGAAGAGGAAGUGUACCGGGCUGUGUUGAGCUGGGUGAAACAUGAUGUAGAUGGACGCAGGCAACAUGUACCUUGGCUGAUGAAGUGUGUCCGGCUGCCACUGCUGAGGCGAGACUUUCUGAUGAGCAACGUGGAUACAGAGCUGCUGGUGCGACACCACUCUGAGUGCAAGGACCUUCUGAUCGAGGCUCUCAAGUACCACCUGAUGCCUGAGCAGAGGGGAGUCCUCAGCAACAGCCGGACGCGCCCGCGACGCUGUGAGGGCGCCAGCCCUGUGCUCUUCGCCGUUGGUCAGUGUGCCCCUGAAGGUGGUGGCAGCCUGUUUGCCAUCCAUGGAGACUGCGAGGCGUAUGACACCAGGACGGAUCGCUGGCACAUGGUGGCGUCCAUGUCCACUCGGCGGGCACGGGUGGGCGUGGCAGCCAUUGGGAACAGACUUUAUGCUGUUGGAGGGUAUGAUGGAACCUCAGACCUUGCCACUGUAGAAUCCUACGACCCCAUCACCAACGCCUGGCAACCUGAGGUUUCCAUGGGCACACGGCGGAGCUGUUUGGGUGUAGCGGUCCUGCAUGGCCUUCUGUACGCUGCUGGAGGUUAUGAUGGAGCUUCCUGCCUCAAUAGUGCAGAGCGUUACGACCCUCUGACCAGUACAUGGACCUCCAUUGCUGCCAUGAGCACACGUAGGAGAUAUGUCCGAGUAGCAACUCUGGAUAGCAGCUUGUAUGCAGUGGGAGGUUAUGACAGUUCCUCACAUCUUGCAACAGUGGAGAAAUAUGACCCCCAGAGCAACACGUGGAUAGCCAUUGCCAACAUGCUGAGUCGGCGCAGCAGUGCCGGGGUGGCCGUGUUAGAUGGCAUGCUGUAUGUCGCGGGAGGCAAUGACGGCACCAGCUGCCUGAACUCUGUGGAGCGAUUUAACCCCAAGGCCAACACCUGGGAGGGAGUGGCCCCCAUGAACAUCCGCAGGAGCACCCAUGACCUUGUGGCGAUGGAUGGCUGGUUAUACGCAGUAGGAGGUAACGAUGGCAGCUCCAGCCUCAACUCCAUUGAGAAGUACAACCCGCGCAGCAACAAAUGGGUCGCAGCCUCCUGCAUGUUUACACGGCGCAGCAGUGUGGGUGUCGCUGUGUUGGAGCUGCUGAACUUCCCACCACCCUCCUCACCCACCCUCUCGGUUUCCUCCACCAGCCUUUGACACGGGGUCACCGCUUGGCUGACCUCGGCCUCUGCUGCAACAGCCCAGACUGGCUCUGGGAAGAGACGCAAUUGCUCGUUUUGAGACGGGGAGGUGGAGGAUGCGAGUGGACAGGUAAAUGGAUUGAGGGGGGAGAAAGAGGGACGGUGUGAAUAGGGCUCCUGGCUUGGUUAUUAUACAGUAUCCUCCAGAAUUAGUGGCACUUAUGCAGUGGGUAAAGGUUAGCCAAACAUGGUUUAACAAAUGUACACCAUACGUAAUAAACUUUUAUUUAAAAAUCAAGGCAAUUUAAAAGUUGUUAAUGUGCAAUACCCUUUAAUCUCAAAAGGCGAUGUUCCACACGUAAGACAUUAAUUUUUCAUGAACAGUUAAGGGAUGCCAGAUGAAUUCUGAAAGAUCCAUCAAGAGGUUUUUUGAUUUCAUGGUUAAACCAAUCUUGCUGCUCUUUACCAAAUUGUCCAUUCAUUCUGGACUGAACUGUAUCUGGUCUGGAUGCCUGUAACUCCACUGUAUAGCUUCACCAUACAGAUACCAGCUUCCACUCUCUUCAAGAGUACAAAGAUGUUUCCUGAUGUGUUAACAUUGCCCAAUCUUUCCGCUAUCUUUCCAAGCUCUACUUUUUUCCCCCCACCACUCCAGUGUUUGACACACUCGUAGUGAAAUGUGGUGGACACUUUAAUUCUGUCAUGUGUGAUGUAAAUGUUUUUUGUUUGAUGUUGUUAUCCUCUGCAUCUUUUAAUGUCAGAAUUGUUUUUGCAAUAGUGUACAAAAAAAGAGAAACUGAAUGAUUUAACUUUUUGAAUGUAGCUUUUGACUGGGUAUACCAUGCAUGUGUUUACUUAUUGACAUUGACUCCCAUCAGGAGGAUAAAAUGUUGUAGUGCUGCUAUGCCACAGUAGGUGGCAGUAACAGGCAAUGUUAUAAAACCUUCCCACACUGUAAGCCCGCAUGAACACAACCAACAAAGGAGAAGUUAGGCCCUCAGAACUGUUUUUGAAUCUUUUUUUUUUUUUUUUAUAAACACAGAAGAAUUAUGUUGAACUAUAUGUAUUUAUAAAAAGGUAUACAUUCUAAUAUAUUCUGUUUUUAAAGAUGCUUAAAGAAGUAAACAGAUUGUUUUUAAUAUUUAUUUAGGUGAGAUAUUGUCAAUGAAAAUGACAAAGAGAAUGUAGGUGUGAGAGAGGUAGGCUAGUUGUUCAGAUUGUGUGCAUUUGGAGUUUCUCCUGGUUAAGAGGACCGAUUGUUGCACUUUAAUAUGCAGCAUUUUAUUUACAUUUCUUAAUGUUUCUUCACUGCCACAAGCUUGAUCUCACAUGAAACUGUCCGCUAUAUUUGUGCAAAAGGCUUUAACUGCUUGCAAACCUACAGACCAGUCAAUGAAAGGACUCUAUAUUGUCUUUAAUCCUACUUAACAAAUUAGUUUAAGUGGACAUGAAGGUGGAUAUAAUCCUUGGACACAAUGACAGUCUAAGAUUACAUUAAAGCAGAAAGUUUACCUACUGUGUACCAACACUUGACACUAAUGAUAAAUACUGUUGACACUUGGUGCUGUCACAUUUCCUUCCAUACAUAAUCAAAUGUGGUGUUUUGUUAUAUUACAUACCUCAUUGUUGAAAUGGAUCAGACUCUAUUGCAACAAAGUUGAGCUAGAAAAAACUGUAUAAUUACCUACAAAUAUACUGGCUUUAGAGCAUGUGGGUGACUUGGGAAUGUCAUCACUGAACACUGCAUUGUUUAAAAUAAAUGGAUUACUUAGAGUCUUCUUGACUCCGUUAAUUCCUGGGUUCAUGUGAAGUGCAGUGAUACUAUUCCAAACUUCUGAGAAGUUGCUUUUUGAAGGAUUUUGUUGAUCCGGUUCUGUUUAUCUUUAACUAACUUACUUUUCAUUUGUUAGAGUGGACCCAGUAGAAUAGGGGCUGUGAGGGUCUAAUGAAGAUGUUGUUUUUUUGUAAAGUUGCUGUGAGUCAGGGCCAGACUUUAAGAGACAGGCACAUAAAACCACAAGGCCUCCAUUCUGCAGAUUGGUCUGUAAAUACAAAAAUUGCUCAUCUUAAAUCCAAUUUCAAUGUGAUUGUAGUUUUGUUUUAGUUUGUGUUCAAUGUGGUGACCAUUUUUUAUUUAUAAUAUGUUUAUUUAUGAGGAACUUUAAAAUAUUGAAUUUUGCACUAUUGCGAAAUGGAGCAAUACACUGUAAAAAUGAAAUAAAGAUGUUUUCAGAUGUGA